CAUUCCCGUCCUCUGCGGUUGCCUCCUCCCCCUUCUCCGCCGCCACGAAACACAGACAAGAUGAGCCUGCAGAUUCCGGCGAGAUCGACCGGCCUCCAACGCCUCCUCCUCCUGCUGGGUGGACAAUCCGGGAUCCGGCGGUCAUACUCCACUGGCGAACGUCGCCGCCGGGUGAUCCGCGAGGCGCGGGAUGAGGAGGAGGACGAGGCCUUCCUCCGCACCCUCAACUUCGGGGCUGACCCGGAGAACAACCCCCUGCCCCCGCCGCCGAGAAGCGCGGGGGGAGGCCCCGACUCCUCCUCCACCGGCACCUCCCCGACUGACAUCCUCAGACGCGCCGCUGCGAAGCAGCAGCAGCGUCCGGAAGGGAGCGCUCAGAAAGCCAUCGGGGAGUCACUGAUGGAGAAGCUUAAGCUGGGCGAUGCGAGGGCCUCCGCCUCCGCCUCCGCCUCCGCUUCUGCCUCUGCGGUCGAGGGGCAGCAGCCUGAGCACGAACAAGGGCAACCGCAGCAGUCGGAGGACGCGGACGAGAUCUUCCGGAAGAUGAAAGAGACGGGGCUGAUACCGAACGCCGUCGCCAUGCUCGACGGGCUCUGCAAGAGCGGGCUGGUGCAGGAGGCCAUGAAGCUCUUCGGCCUGAUGCGCGAGAAGGGCGCCAUCCCAGAGGUCGUCAUCUACACCGCCGUCGUCGACGCCUUCUGCAAAGCAGGCAAGCUGGACGAUGCCGUCAGGAUCUUCAAGAAGAUGCAGGGCAAUGGGGUCAUUCCAAAUGCAUUCAGCUACUGGUUGAUUAUAGGGGGCCUCUGCAAGGGCGGCAGGCUUGAUGAUGCCGUUGCUUUCUGCGUCGAGAUGUUCGAGGCUGGCCUUUCGCCCAAUGCUGCAACGUUUGUGGGCCUGGUUGAUGCUGUAUGCAACACUAAGGGGGUUGAGGAGGGUGAGAAGCUUGUGAGGAGCUUCCAAGAUAGGAACUUCGCCAUUGAUGACAAGUCCAUCAGGGAGCAUUUGGACAAGAAAGGGCCAUUCACGCCUGUUGUUUGGGAGGUGAUCUUUGGGAAGAAGAAGUCAAACCGCCCUUUCUAAUCUAUAAGUAGUAUGUGCUCACCCCUCUCCAUUUUGUUUGGCACCGCCAAGCCUGCUCUCUAGUUGAUGUGCUUCUAUGGUUAAAUCAAAAUGGCUAGCAUCUUGUUUUA